GCAAUAUAUUUCCUUUUUGCUUCUGAAACAUACAUAUAUAUUUUGUACAUUAAUAAUAACAAAUGGCUGGUAAACGGCAAGCUACAUCGAAUCUGAACCACGAUAACUGGGAUCAAGAGGAUGAGCCAGAGGAGCGCGGCACAUUCCGAACGGCGCCACCGGAAGAACUAAAAGCACGCGUUAUCAAGAAGGCAACAAGGCGCAAGGCGGCUAUCGGCUCGGCAGACGCCGACGAUGCCGGCGAGAGUCCCGGCAGAAGUGUAUUUAGCGGCUUUUCAGGUUUUGGCAAGCCUGCAGCAGCCGCAGCCACCGGCACUCCGUUUGCAUUCCUGUCUAACUUGCCGGCUGCGGCUGCAACUGCAACGUUCGCUGAGAGCUCCCCAAAGCCAAGCACGAGCAUCAGCACCACCAAGGAUGAUGCAGCAAUAACACCACCACCAGCCAAACGAUUAACAGUUGAAGCAAAUAUCAAGAAUGAUUUAACGAGCAACUCCCUGUCCAGCAGCAGUCCCAGCACAACCCGAGCAGUCGCAACAACUUCCAUUUUUGGCAAUACAUCAGCUAACGAUCCAACAACAAUGUUUCCCAAGACACCCGUCUCGAUGUUCAAGUCGGCGGUGCCCGCGGAGAAGACAACAGCGGGCAAUGCAAUCACCGCCUCAUUGGAAUAUCGCGAUAAUGUGGCUGAAUUGAACAUGGCCGUGAUGAAAUUCCUGCAAGAGCAUAUGGACAAGAAUCCCUAUUGUUUACUGAGCCCAGUAUUCGACAGCUACGACAAGUACGCAAAGGAGUUGCGACAGAAGGAUGAAGCCAAAAGUAAUGCCACGUCAAGCCUGACGAAGACGCCUUCGCCAUCAACAAAAGCAGAAACAACAACAGUUGCAGCACCAACAACAAAAACAACAGCAGCAGCAGUAACACCGAAACCACCAACAAUAACGCCAGCAGCAGCGGCAUUUGCAACGACCGCACCUGCUGCUGGCUUCUUCUUUGGCAAACCCACCACAACGACUGCCACCGGGACAACUUUACCGUCCUUGUCCUUUGGCAAAAAGCCAAAUUGCACAAUUACCAGUGGCGGCACCACAACCACUGUGACGGCGCCGCUCUUUUCCUUUGGCAAUAUACAAAAGCCAAGCACCACACCAACCAAGUCUGAGGCAACGUCCAGCACAGCUUCGCCGGCCAGCAUUUUCAGUUUUGGAGUCAAACCGGCAACAACGGCUGCGAGCAACAAAACGGAUUCACCCAAGCAGGGCUUUUUCUUUGGCGGCCAAGAAGCAGCUGCGGCUGCUGCUGCCGCCACCGCCACCUCGCCGCCUAAAACGAACGGUUUCAGUUUCGGCUUGAAGUCAGAUGAUAAGCCAUCCACAUCGGUCUUUACCGGUUUCGGCAAGCCUCCCGGCGAGACAAAAUUGCCAGCUCCCAGCACUGGAUUCUCCUUUACAAGUGGCACAACGCCAUUUUCCUUUGGCAAUGUAAAGCCGCCGACAGCCAGCGAAAGUGCUGAAACCAAUGCAGAUAACGAAGACGAGGAUAGGCCGCCGGUAGUUGAAUUUAAUAAGGUCGUUGAGGACGAUGCCAUAUUCUCGAAACGCUGCAAGGUGUUUGUGAAAAAGGACAAGGACUUUGUUGAUCGCGGCGUGGGCACGUUGUAUUUGAAGCCCGUUAAGGAUUCGGAGAAAACACAGAUGCUGGUGCGUGCCGAUACCAAUCUGGGCAAUAUACUGGUCAAUCUGAUACUAACCGAUGGUCUGCCAUGCCAGCGCAUGGGCAAAAACAAUGUCAUGAUGGUGUGCAUACCCACGCCAGAAGAGCCCAAGGCAUUGUCCAUGCUGUUGCGCGUAAAGACCGGCGAAGAGGCCGACGAGCUAUUGGAGCAAAUUAAAAAGCAUACAGUCUGAAACAUUCACUAGAUGAGGGAAUUCAAACUCACGUACACAUUUAUGUUAUUUGAUCGUUUACAUAAACAAACUAUGAAAAUAUAAACGCAUGGAAAUGUAAG